AUGGCAUAUGAAAAGCCUACAAGAGAUUCAAGGCCCAAAAAAACUUGGGUUCAAAUAUUACAAUCUAAUAUAAACAGACAGAACAUGAAAACAAUUCAGGAUUUUCUGAUUCUUUCGACCACAAAAAUUCCAUUUACCGUCCCAGAAUUUAUGUCAAUAUAUUCUAUUAAGGAUGAUAAAUGGGAAAAAGAAGCGGAAUUAAGCUUAGUACAAAAUAUAUUUUCACAAAUAUUUUUUCAUUGUAGAGAAUUUAAAGAAGGGGAGACGAUAACAGAUAUGUUUUAUUUAUCUGAAGGAAUUUAUAGAUAUUCGUUAAUAGUCCCUGAAAAUUAUGAUGAUAUGAUCGCCGUGGCAAAAAAAUGGCAUGAAACAUUUAGAGAACAAUAUCUUUUAUCUGGGAGGGAAAAAUCUAGUAAAGACGAUACUAUUAAUGAUUAUAAAAAGAAAUUUGAAAGUUGGAUAAGCGAAGAAAUUAAUAGAGUUGGCCAAUUUUGUGAUGAAUGUGAAAGAUUAAAUGUAAUUUUUAAACAAUUUGCCCUCGUAGUAAAAGAUGAUUGGGAAACUGGACUAAAACCUAUUAUCCAUAAGAUUGAUAAAAAAUUUCAAAAGUCUAGUAAGAGUCGGAAAAAUUAUCCUAAACAAUUGCAACAAACAAUAAAUGAUCUCGCACAAUCUAUGUCAGAUUCUUCUCUUGUUUUACAGUCAAUAAGUGAAAAGUGGAAAACAUUUAAUAGUGAUUUAGAAAACAUAAAAACUACGUUAGAAAAAAUUGGCGAGCCAAGAUGUCUACUGCCCACAAGGAAAAUUUAUCUAGAGAGUAUAAAAAACAAAUGGAAAGGGAUAAAUAAUUUAUCUUUGGAACUUUAUAGCUUACUAUAUUAUUUUGAAGUAGAAAAAAGAGAUGAAAAAUGCUAA